AUGCGGAAACUCCAGUAUCUGCCAGUCCUGGCUCUCGUCAUUCUCCGCCUCGCGACAUCGGCCGAGGCGGAGACCGUUACAAGGACCAUCUACGCAAACAACAACGCCUCUUUCUACGUGAACGGAAAGUUGGUAGCCGCAGACCCCGUCCCUCUCGCACCACACAACGCCUUCAACGUCUCUUUCGAGGUUCCCGCAGGCACAGACGUUACUCUCGCAGUUGAGGCCCACGACUUCGCCGACGAUGUGACGGGACUAGAGCUGAACGACCGCUGUCUCGGCGCAGGAGGACUCCGCGCCCUUUUCAGUAACGGCGUCGUCACCAACUCCUCGUGGAAGUGCAGAACGUGGCAUUACGGUCCCGUCAACUGGAAGGCAUGUUUCGCGGCCGCCGACAGAGCGUCGGAACUGAAAGUUAUCCCCGGCUGCUUUUUCAACGUUAGCGAAGAUGACGGACUAAAAACGGGCUGCUUUUCACGCAUAACGCCUGUCCCUGAAGGUUGGAUGACCGCUGAUUUCGACGACAGUGGAUGGGAGUACGCCACGGAGUGGGACGAUGAUUACGUGCGCCCAUUCGUCUGGCCCGUUUUCCCGCAAGGCUGCGCUGAAGACCCCAACACUAUCAUCAGUCCUGAGCUAGACGAAAAUGGGAAUAAUCUAACCUGUCCCAGUAACAUUGAUUGGGGUGAAUCUAAGUUCAUCUGGCGUCCAGAUAUAGACCUGGUGUUUGUUCUGGCAGAGAGUCUUGGUGGAUAUGAGAGCCUGGCUGAUCUACCGAGUGUGAUGACCCAUGCCUCUAUCCCAGCUGAGGACAGAGAGAAACUGGGAAUCUCUGACUCUCUGAUACGUCUGUCAGUAGGUCUGGAGGAUACUCAGGAUCUACUGGAUGACCUGACACAGGCUCUUCAGUUGUCACAGUCUGAUUGAAGUCUUGAAGUCUGACAU